UAAUUUCAGAUAUUGUGUAAAUCAUGAAGAAUUUGGCAUUUAUUUCGCUAUUAUUAUUGCAAACACUUAGAAGUAAUUUAGCAGAAAAUGACAAAAACGGAGAGAAUAGCUGUCAUUCAAUAUCGCGACAAAACAGCGAUAAAUAUGUAGAGAAUAUAAAUGGAAAUGACAUCAAACCAGAGACAGAGACAGAGUUUUGCACAAAACAAAGUUGUUUAGAAAAUAUGGUUCACAUAAAAGGCGGCACUUAUACUAUGGGUACGGAUGAGCCGGUAUUCGUGGCCGAUGGUGAGGGUCCGGCCAGGGAUGUAACGAUUGACGACUUUUAUAUGCAUAGGACUGAAGUAAGCAAUUCUCAGUUCCGAGAGUUUGUCGACAAAACCCAUUACGUGACCGAAGCCGAGAAGUUUGCCAACAGUUUUGUGUUUGAAAUGAUGCUAAGCGAUGAGGUCAAGCAAAACAUUACACAAUCUGUGGCACAGGCACCCUGGUGGCUACCGGUGCCCAAUGCUAGUUGGAGAGCACCCGAGGGUAUUGACUCGAAUAUUGAUGACCGAUGGGAUCACCCGGUGGUCCACAUCUCGUGGAACGACGCCAAUAGUUACUGCAAAUGGAAAGGCCUUCGACUGCCGUCUGAGGCCGAGUGGGAGUACGCGUGUCGGGCGGGCCUUAAGAAUAGGCUGUUCCCGUGGGGCAACAAAUUGAACCCUCACGACACACAUUACGCUAACCUAUGGACGGGAGAGUUUCCUAAUCAUAAUUCAGCUGAGGACGGAUAUCAAUGGACAGCACCUGUCGAUUCAUUUCCUGAAAAUAUGUUUGGCCUCAAAAAUAUGAUCGGAAAUGUUUGGGAGUGGACGGCCGAUUGGUGGACAGUUAGACACAGCAAUGAGCCAUCGGUUAACCCGAAAGGGCCCGAAUCGGGUGCGGAUCGGGUGAAAAAGGGCGGUUCCUUUAUGUGUCACAAGAGUUAUUGUUAUAGGUAUAGGUGCGCGGCCAGGAGCCAGAACACACCGAUGUCAGGCCAACAGUCUGAUCCCUUAUUUGUGUCAUGCGAUGCAUAA